CGCGACCUGGCCGGGCGGUGAUCCCCGCGGCCUAGGGACGGAGUGCGGCGUCCCGCGGCGGUCCCUCGCCCAUGGCGGUGGCCGAGCUGUACACGCAGUACAACAGGGUUUGGAUUCCUGAUCCUGAAGAAGUUUGGAAGUCUGCUGAAAUAGCAAAGGACUACAAAGGUGACAGAGUCCUGCAACUCCUGCUGGAGGAUGGAACGGAGUUGGACUAUCCUGUUGAUCCAGGAUCGCUGCCUCCACUGCGGAACCCUGACAUCCUCGUGGGAGAGAAUGACCUCACAGCCCUCAGCUAUCUCCAUGAGCCUGCGGUGCUGCACAACCUCCGAAUCCGCUUUGCAGAGUCCAGACUCAUCUACACGUACAGUGGAAUCAUUUUGGUGGCCAUGAAUCCUUACAAGCAGCUGCCAAUAUAUGGAGAUGCCAUCAUCCACGCCUACAGCGGGCAGAACAUGGGUGAUAUGGACCCACACAUAUUCGCCGUGGCAGAAGAGGCAUACAAGCAGAUGGCCAGAAACAACAGAAACCAGUCAAUUAUUGUGAGUGGGGAGUCUGGAGCUGGAAAGACAGUGUCCGCCCGCUAUGCCAUGAGGUACUUCGCCACCGUCAGCAAGUCCAGCAGCAACGCUCACGUGGAGGACAAGGUCCUGGCGUCCAAUCCCAUAACUGAGGCUGUGGGGAAUGCCAAGACCACCCGAAAUGACAAUAGCAGCCGCUUUGGGAAGUACACAGAGAUCAGCUUUGAUGAGAGGAACCAGAUCAUAGGCGCCAACAUGAGGACAUACCUCCUGGAGAAGUCCCGGGUUGUCUUUCAGUCAGAAAAUGAGCGGAAUUACCACAUCUUCUAUCAGCUCUGUGCGUCUGCACGGCAGUCGGAGUUCAGACAUCUCAAACUGGGGAGUGCAGAAGAGUUUAACUACACAAGAAUGGGAGGAAAUACUGUCAUUGAGGGUGUGAAUGACAGAGCUGACAUGGUAGAGACUCGGAAGACAUUCACACUACUGGGUCUCAGGGAGGACUUUCAGAUGGACAUCUUCAAGAUCCUGGCUGCCAUCCUCCAUCUGGGCAACGUGCAGAUUGCCGCGGUGGGCAACGAGAGAUCGUCAGUGGGCGAGGGAGACGGCCACUUGAUGGUAUUCUGCGAGCUCCUGGGCCUGGAGUGCAGCAAAGUGGCUCAGUGGCUGUGCAACCGCAAGAUUGUCACAAGCUCUGAGACCGUGGUGAAGCCCAUGACCAGGCCCCAGGCCAUCAAUGCCAGGGACGCGCUGGCCAAAAAGAUCUAUGCUCACCUGUUCAACUUCAUUGUGGAGAGAAUUAACCAAGCGUUGCAGUUCUCAGGCAAGCAGCACACUUUUAUUGGUGUUUUGGACAUUUAUGGUUUUGAAACCUUUGAUGUGAACAGCUUUGAACAAUUCUGCAUCAAUUAUGCUAAUGAAAAACUGCAACAACAGUUUAACUUGCACGUCUUUAAACUUGAACAAGAAGAAUAUAUGAGAGAAGAUAUUCCAUGGGCUCUGAUAGAUUUUUAUGACAACCAGCCAGUCAUUGACCUGAUUGAAUCAAAAAUGGGCAUUUUGGAGUUACUGGACGAAGAGUGCUUGUUGCCACAUGGAACUGAUGAAAAUUGGCUCCAAAAGCUGUAUAAUAAUUUCAUCAACAAGAACCCUUUAUUCGAGAAACCCAGAAUGUCAAACACGUCCUUUGUCAUCCAGCACUUUGCAGAUAAGGUGGAGUAUAAAUGUGAAAGCUUCCUUGAGAAGAACAGAGACACUGUCCAUGACAUGCUGGUGGAGGUCAUGAGAGAAGGCAAGUUUCAUCUUUGCGCCCAUUUUUUCCAAGAAAACCCAGUUCCUUUCCCCUUUGGUUCGAUGAUCACAGUUAAAUCUGCAAAACAAGUCAUCAAACCCAACAGCAAGCAUUUCCGGACCACAGUUGGAAGCAAGUUCCGCAGCUCUCUGUACUUGCUCAUGGAGACCCUCAAUGCCACCACACCCCACUAUGUCCGCUGCAUCAAGCCAAAUGAUGAGAAGUUGCCCUUUGAGUUUGACUCCAAAAGAGUUGUCCAGCAGCUACGAGCCUGCGGUGUUUUAGAAACGAUUCGGAUCAGUGCCCAGAGCUACCCUUCCAGGUGGACAUACAUUGAGUUCUACAGUCGCUACGGCAUCCUCAUGACCCAGCAGGAGCUGUCCUUCAGUGACAAAAAGGAAGUAUGCAAGGUGGUCUUGCACAGGCUCAUCCAGGAUUCUAAUCAGUACCAGUUUGGUAAAACCAAAAUUUUCUUCAGAGCAGGACAAGUGGCUUAUCUAGAGAAACUCCGAUUAGAUAAACUGAGGCAGGGUUGCAUCGUGAUACAAAAGCAUGUCCGUGGCUGGCUCCAGAGGAAGAAGUUCCUCCGAGAGCGGCAAGCUGCCCUGGUCAUCCAGCAGUACUUCCGGGGCCAGCGCACAGUGCGGAAAGCCAUUACAGCAGCAGCCUUGAAGGAGGCCUGGGCGGCCAUCGUCAUUCAGAAGCACUGCCGUGGAUACCUGGUCCGCAAUCUGUACCAGCUGAUUCGUGUGGCCACCAUCACCAUCCAGGCCCAUGCCCGUGGCUUCCUGGCAAGGAGGAGCUAUCGGAAGAUGCUGGAGGAGCACAAGGCUAUGAUCCUACAGAAGCACACCCGUGCCUGGCUGGCCCGGCGCAGGCUGCAGAACAUCCGGCGGUUCGUACUCAACAUUCAGCUGACCUACAGGGUCCAGCGCUUGCAGAAGAGGCUAGAAGAUCAGAACAGAGAGAACCACGGGCUGCUGGAGAGGCUCACCAGCCUGGCUGCUCUGCGGGCCAGUGACAUGGAGAAGGUUCAGAAGCUGGAGGCAGAACUGGAAAGGGCAGCCGCCCAAAGGCACAGCUAUGAGGAGAAGGGCAGGAGAUACCAGGAUGCCAUGGAGGAGAAAAUGGCAAAGCUUCAGAAGGACAAUUCGGAAUUGCAGAUUCAGAAAGAACAGAUAGAGCUGAAGCUUCAGGAGAAGAUGGAGGAGCUGAAAGAAAAAAUGGACAACCUCACCAAACAGCUCUUUGAUGAUGUGCAAAAAGAAGAACAACAAAGAAUACUUCUUGAAAAAAGUUUUGAGCUGAAAACACAAGACUAUGAGAAGCAGAUGCAGUCUUUGAAAGAUGAGAUUAAGGCUCUCAGUGAAGAGAGAUCGCAGCUCCAGCAGCAGCUGGAGGCCGAGCGUCUGGCCUCUGAUGGCCUGAGGGGAGACCUGGCCCGACUGAGCAAGCAGGCAAAGACCAUCUCUGAGUUUGAAAAGGAGAUUGAGCUGCUUCAGACACAGAAGAUAGAUGUGGAAAAACACAUGCAGGCGCAAAAACGGGAAAUGAGAGAAAAGAUGGCAGAGAUCACCAAGCAAGUUCUUGACAGCUAUGACAUGGAAGAAGUAAGGAGCAGGCUGUCUGUGGAAGAUUUGGAACACUUGAAUGAGGACGGGGAACUCUGGUUUGCAUAUGAAGGACUAAAGAAAGCCACCCGUGUUUUGGAAAGCCACUUCCAGUCUCAGAAGGAUUGCUAUGAAAAGGAGAUUGAAGCUCUGAACUUCAAAGUAGUGCAUCUAAGUCAAGAAAUCAGCCGCCUGCAGAAAUUAUUCAGAGAGGAGAAUGACAUCAACGAAAGUAUCCGUCAUGAGGUUACCAGACUGACAUCAGAAAACAUGAUGAUCCCAGACUUUAAACAGCAAAUUUCAGAGCUAGAGAAACAGAAGCAAGAUCUUGAAAACCGCCUGAGUGAACCAACUGAGAAGAUGAAAGGAAAAGUGGAAGAACUGUCAACUCAGUUAAGUCGUAGUCAAGAGGAGGAAGGAACACAAAGAAAGGCCAUGGAAGCCCAGAGUGAAGCCCACAGCAGGGCAAAGGAGAGGCUGACAGAUAAGAUCCAAGAACUGCAGGAGGCCAGCGAGCACUUGAAGAAACAAAUUGAGACAGAAGGUGAAGUCAAGAGUACUUUCCAGCUGGAAGCAUCUCGGCUCACUCUGGAAAACAGGGAUCUGGAGGAAGAAUUAGACAUGAAAGACAGAAUGAUUAAAAAGUUACAAGAUCAAGUCAAGACUCUAACCAAGACAAUUGAGAAAGCCAGUGACGUGCGCUUGUCAUCGGGACCCAAGGAAUACCUUGGAAUGCUGGAAUACAGGAGGGAAGAUGAGGCCAAGCUCAUUCAGAACCUCAUUCUUGACUUGAAGCCCCGCGGCGUGGUGGUGAACAUGAUCCCUGGGCUGCCGGCUCACAUCCUGUUCAUGUGCGUGCGCUAUGCAGACUCUCUGAAUGACGCCGACAUGCUCAAGUCCCUCAUGAACAGUGCCAUUAACGGCAUCAAGCAGGUGGUGAAGGACCAUUCAGAAGACUUUGAGAUGCUGUCCUUUUGGCUUUCCAAUACUUGCCACUUCCUCAACUGCCUGAAGCAGUACAGUGGAGAAGAGGAAUUCAUGAAGCAUAACAGUCUGCAGCAGAAUAAGAACUGCUUGAACAACUUCGACCUUUCUGAAUACAGACAGAUUCUUAGUGAUGUGGCUAUACGAAUUUAUCAUCAAUUCAUUAUCAUAAUGGAAAAUAACAUCCAACCAAUGAUAGUGCCUGGCCUGCUGGAGUAUGAGAGUCUGCAGGGCAUUUCCGGCCUAAAGCCCACAGGCUUCCGGAAGCGCUCGUCCAGCAUAGACGACACAGAUGCCUACACCAUGACAUCAGUCCUGCAACAGCUGAGCUACUUCUACAGUACCAUGUGCCAGAACGGCCUGGACCCUGAGUUGGUGAGGCAGGCCGUGAAGCAGCUGUUCUUCUUGAUUGGGGCAGUCACCCUCAACAGCCUCUUCCUGCGCAAGGACAUGUGCUCUUGCAGGAAGGGGAUGCAGAUCAGGUGCAACAUCAGCUACUUAGAAGAAUGGCUUAAAGAUAAGAACUUGAUAAACAGCUUAGCCAAGGAGACACUGGAACCCCUCUCGCAGGCAGCCUGGCUGCUCCAGGUCAAGAAGACCACUGACAGCGAUGCAGAGGAGAUCUACGAGCGCUGUUCCUCCCUGUCAGCUGUGCAGAUCAUAAAGAUCCUUAACUCAUACACACCGAUAGAUGACUUCGAGAAAAGAGUGACUCCAUCCUUUGUUCGCAAAGUACAGGCUCUCCUGAAUAACCGGGGUGACUCAUCGCAGCUGAUGCUGGAUACCAAAUAUCUCUUCCAAGUCACGUUUCCUUUUACCGCCUCCCCACACGCUCUGGAAAUGAUCCAGAUCCCCAGCAGUUUCAAGCUAGGUUUUCUUAACAGAUUAUAG